AUGGAGGAUUCAAAGGAUAAGGGUAUUGAAAUGCUUAUUGAUUGGGCAGAUAGAUGUUGUUUAGCAGCAGAAAUACCAGAUAUUCCUACCUCCUUAAGUGCUUCGUUUUUGACAAUGGCAGAAGUACUACUUAAAUUUGUUUCAAUUAAAAAUGAGAAUGUCGAUAACAAGCAUAAUUCUAUAAUACUUUCGUCAACGUCGACGAUUAAUGAAAAAUCGAAUAUAUCUCAAACAGAAAAGAACUCUUCAUCGUACACCUUACCAAUUAUAUCCGUAACAAGUACGUCUGAUUUACCAAUAUUGAAUUCAAUUUCUACAGCGAGAAACGCAGAGGAUAAAAUUAAAUAUCGUCUCUCACCGUUAAAAAAGAAAAUGUCGCCGGAUGUUGUACAAACGCCAAAACGAUCUGAUUGUAGGAAAAUAGCACGAUCAAACACGUUUUCUGUACACCCACAGUCACAAACAAAACCACCAACUUCAUACUAUCGUCAAGCACCAAUUGCAACAACAGCAUUUCGGCCAACAACUGUUAAUUGGCGGCAAAUUGCUGCCACAUCACCGACACGUCCGCCCUCCACUCAAUAUCUCUAUAUUAUCAGUUCAUCAACACCAAAUGGUCAAAUCACUUGCACUAAACCAUUGACUCAACGUAGUCCUUCUACAAGACACGAUGAAGCGCACCAAUACCAUGAAACAACGUACUCAGAUAAUUUUCAAUCAUCGAGCUGUAUCGAACAUACAUAUUCAUCAAAUCAAACAAUGGCUCAAUAUGGACAUUUUUUAGCUUAUUUAAGACAAAAAUCUGUGGCAAGGAUAAAAAGAAAAAAGAAAUAUUCAGACACUAAUUCGAAUAAUGAACAAGAUAUUGAAACACCAUUAAUAAACCUAAAACAACAACAACAGAUACUGCAGCAGAAACCAAAGUUGUCCAUAUCAACUAGUUUAGCGAAUAAUUCUAGUUUAUUGUUUAGUGACUUUAGUGUUCCCAUUAUUAAUACCGGGAAGACAUCAUCGACGUCAAUAAUAGAACAGCGGAAUAACAUGAAAAAAACUGCGGACAAACUUCCAUCAACUCCAUGGCGUUUAGAACUAAGACGAAGCGCAUCGUCGAUUAUUGAUACUAGAUAUAGUAUUAGUAGUAAUCAAAUUAAACCCUUGAACGAGAUGUCUAACUAUUUGACUAUCAAUAAAGAUGCAUCACUAAUAACUCCAUCAAAUUCGAUUGUCGAUGAACCAAUGUCAGAAAAACAGGAGAAGAAGACGCAUGAGUCUUGUUAUGAGCUUCAACUUGCUGGUGACAGUUUAUCAUACGUUUAUGUUAGUGAUAGUGGAAUCAAAUAUGAAGGAGAAUUGCUCCAAUCAAAUAUUGCCUAA